UGGUCAUUCUUAAACAAUAUUUGCUUCCCCACACCACCUCAGGUGUAGUCCCCAUAGAGUUUCCUUCACCAGUGCACCCCAGCACCAUCACCACAGUCCCCUGUGCUCCUCCCUCCCUCCCUCUGAUCCCUCUCCCUCCUCCUCCCCUACAGGAUGUCUCUGGUUUAUAAUUGUCUGUUUUUGCUUUGUUGUGUAUUUUACUGUUGUUAUUUUUUUACAUUGAUGUCUUAUUUGGUUUCCCGAUAUUCCUGUUAUAAGUGAAACCAUCCGAUAUUUUUCUUUUUCCUUCUGGCUUAUUUCACUGAGCAUAAUUCCUUCUAAUUCCAUCCACGUUGCUGCAAAGGGCUUGAGAUUAUCUUUUUUGAUUGCUGAAUAAUAUUCCAUUGUGUUUAUAUACCACAUCUUCUUGAUCCAGUCAUCUAUUUUUGGGCAGUUGGAUUGUUUCCAGGUUUUAAACCUAUUGUAAAUAGUCCUGCAAUAAACAUAGGGGAACAGGUGUUCUUUUGAAUCAAUAUUUUUGUGUCCUUUGGGUAGGUCCAAGGGCAGUUACUUUCAAUCUCAGGCUUCACCUGAACAUCAUACCUGCCCCCAAACCAGUGUUACAACUUGCAGAGCACUUGGUAGAGUGACCUGUCCCUGAAUACCCAAGGAUAAAAUUGGUAGGGAAUGCGAAUGCAGUACAAUGGAAUUUCUGUUGUCUCCCCAGAAUUCUUGGGCCAGACAGAGGCUCCUAACUCCUGCAGAACAGAGCUUCAGAGGAGAAGGGAAAAUAGCAGAAUGGAAUAGUGCCACAUUUACCUGAUCAGAAGUUCUUGAUCCCCCUGCCCAGAUUUGGACAUGUAACCACAUCCAGAAGCCACCACACUGUGACAAUGGAGGAUUUGAGCCAUCCUUGAGUAGAGGGAGGCAUCUCUGUCAUUCAAGGACGUGACUGUGGAGUUCACCCAGGAUGAGUGGCAGUACAUGGUCCUGCGCAGAGGGCCCUGUACAGAGACGUGAUGCUGGAGAACUACAGCCACCUUGUCUCAGUGGGUGAGCAGCCCUUACCAUGUAACUCCUAGAAUGCAAAUCUGUUUUCUCUUUCCUGUUAAAUUUCUUAAUUAUUUUGUGUUGAGAUUUAAUUAACAGAAAAUAAGAAGUCAGUAAUUUUCAGCAUAUAACAUGAUCAGUUUCAGAAAUGUCUACAGGUGAUUACCUCCACCUAAAUAAUCAUGUAAAAUAUUUUUGUCACCUCAAAAAAUGUCCCUACAACCUUUUGCAGUUACUCUUCUCCAUCACUCCCAACUCCUGUGAACCACUGAACUACUUUACUACUUUCUACGACAGCAAUUUUGCUCCUCUAUAUACCUCAUGCAGAAUUUUUUUUUCUUUUUUCCACUUAGCUUUUGAAAUUUAUGCAUGUAUUUGUGUACAUUUUUCUUGUUCAUAAGUGGUAAUAUUUUGCAUACAUAUACAUUAUAGAUGUGUGUACUACAUUAUAUGGGAUUUUCCUUUUUUGUGCUUCACAGAUACUGUGUUUUUGGUAAAGUAUAGUAUAGCCAUGCUGCAUUGAGUAAGAGUGUUGUCGCUAUUUUUCCAAUAGCAAGUACCCACUUUAUUUCUCUGUGCGACAUUUUGGUAAUGCUCACAAUAUUUAAAACAAUAUCUGUUGUGGUCUGUGGUCAGUAGUUUUUGGUAUUAGUAUUAAAAUUGUUUUGGGAUGUCACAUUCAGAACCCAUAUAGGACUGUGUACUUAAUUAAUAAGUGUUGUAUAUAUUCUGACUGCUCCACCACUUGCCAUUCCCCAGUGUCUCUCCUUCUCCUCUUCCCCGAGAUAUAACAAUAUUGAAGUUGCACCAAUUAAAGAGCCUACAAUGGCAUCUAAGUCUUCAAGUGAAAGAAAGAACCGCACAUCUCUCACUUUAAAUCAAAAGCUAGAAAUGAUUAAACUGAGUGAGGAAGGUUUGUCUAAAGCUGAGAUAGGCCGAAAGCUAGGCCUUUUGCGCCAAACAGUUAGCCAGGUUGUGAAUGCAAAGGAAAAGUUUUUGAAGGAAAUUAAAAGCGGUACUCCAGUGAACACACGAAUGAUUAGAAAACGAAACAGCCUUAUUGCUGAUAUGGAGAAAGUUUUAGUGGUCUGGAUAGAAGCCCAAACCAGCCACAACAUUCCCUUAAGCCAGAGCCUAAUCCAGAGCAAGGCCCUAACUCUCUUUAAUUCUAUGAAGGCUGAGAGAGGGGAAGAAGCUGCAGAGGAAAAGUUUGAAGCUAGCAGAGGUUGGUUUAUGAGGUUUAAGGAAAGAAGCUGUCUCCAUAACCUAAAAAUGCAAGCUGAAACACCAAGUGCUGAUGUAGGAGCUGCAGGAAUUUACCGGGAAGAUCUUGCAAAGAUAAUUGAUGAAGGUAACUAUACUAAACAGCAAAUUUUUAAUGUAAAUGGAGCAGGCUUAUGUAAGAUGGAAUCUGUUCCUGGUGAUGGUACUGAAAACAAUGUUGAAAUGACAACAAAAGAUUUAGAAUAUUACAUAAACUUAGUUGAUAAAGCAGCAGCAGGAUUUGAGAGGAUUGACUCUAAUUUUGAAAGAAGUUCUACUGUGGGUAAAAUGCUGUCAAGCAGCAUUGAAUGCUACAGAGAAAUCUUUCGUGAAAGAAGGAAUGAAUCAAUGCGGCAAACUUCAUUGUUGUCUUAUUUUAAAAAAUUACCACAGUCACUCCAACCUUCAGCAACCACCACUCUCAUCAGUGAGCAGCCAUCAACUUCAAGGCAAGAUUCUCCAUCAGCAAAACGAUUACGACUCACUAUAAACUCAGAUGAUGGUUAGCAUUUUUAGCAAUAAAGUAUAUUUAAAUUCAGGUAUAUACAUUUUUUAUAGAUAAAUGCUAUUGCACACUUAAAAGACUAUAUUAUAGACAUAGCUUUUAUAUGUACUGAAAAACCAAAAAUUCUGUGUAUCUUGUUUUGUUGCAGUGAUUGCUUUAUUUUGGUGAUCUGAAACCAAACCUACAGUAUGUCCAACAUGUGCCUAUACUAGUCGAUAGAUGUAGGAUUUUUUCUCUUUGGGCUGUUAGGAAUAAAGCUCUUAUGUCCAUUUAGUUACAAGUCUUUGGAUUUAUAUUUGUUUUCAUUUUCUUGUGUAAAUAUGUAUAAGUAUGGUAUUACUGAUCUUAUGGUAACUUUAUAAGAAAUUGCCAGAUGUUUUCAAAGUGCUGUGCCUAUUUGCAUGACCUUUAGCAGUGUGUGAUAGUCCUAUUUGUUCUACAUCCUCAUCAAUAUUUAGUAGUUUGAGUCAUAUUUUUAAUUUUUUGUGAUAAAGAUUCUUUGAUUCUUGUUCAGUUUUAUUUGUAUUUUCCUAAUGAUUAUGGUUUCUAAUUUAACUAAUUUAACUAAUGGUUUCUAAUUUCAUGUAUUUUUGGCCAUUCAUAUAUUUUCUUUUUCUGAAGUCUACUCAAAACUUUAAUGUAUAUUUUUAAAAAUUGAAGAUUUUUGGUCUUAUAUAGUUGAAAGACUCCUUUAUAUUAUCUAGGUACAAGACCAUUAUCAGAUAAAUAUUGAGUUAAUGUUUUCUGCCUCUGUGUGCUUAUUCUGACUUUCUUGCAGUCUUAGAAAGUCUUGAUUUCAUUUGUUUUUUAAGGUAUUUUUUUUCAUAUUCAUGGUUUUUGUGUCUUUUUUAAAAGAUAUUUUUGCCUAACACAAGGUCAUUAAAAAUAUUAUCUUAAAGACAUUAUAAUUUUACAUGGAGACAUAUAAUUCACUGUCAGUUAAUUUUUCCACAUGUUACGAAGUAAUUUUUCUAUAUGGAGUGAAGUAAGAGUUUUGACUCAUUUUUCACAUCUCUGGGUAGUUAUAUCAACAGCAAUUUGCUAGAGAAUUACUACUUUUCUAAUGGACUUCCUUGGCAUUUUGUCAAAAACAAAGUGAACUUGUGUCUUUACUUCUGUGUGUGUGAACUCUAUUCUGUUUGAUAGGUCUGUGUGUCAACACCUUUUCAUUAUAAAGUUAUGUUUAUUAUUAUACUUAAUCAUUUCAAUAUCAGUUUAAGGACUUCCUGUCAAUUUCAUUGAAAACUUUCCUUGGAAUUCUGAUUGAGAUAAUCUUGAGUCUUCACAAUUGUCUGGGGACACUUACAUCUUCACAAUAUUGAGUCUUCUGAUCCAUUAAAAUGAUAGCUGUCUCCCUUUAAGACUUUAAUUUUUCUUUGCAGUGAUUCAUAGCAUACACUGUAUAUGUGUUACACAUAAUUUGUUAGGUGGAGUUCAUGAUUUUGGAGGUGGUAUAAAUGGCAUGUAUUUUACUAUUUCAAUUUCCAAUUAUUUGUUGGCAGUAUGUAGAUAUUCUAGCUGAUUUAUGUAUACUGACAGUGUGUUUUGUAACUUAACCCAUCUAUUUAUUCUAGCAGAUCUUUUCAAGAUUCCCAUGGAUGUGUUACAUGUUUAAUUAUUUUAUUUAUGAAUAAAGAUCUGUCACUUCUUUAAUACUAAACUGUAUGCCUUUUAUUUCCUUUUCUUUAAUAACUGGCUAGGACCACUAGUGUUACAUUGACUACAAGUGGUACAGGAAGAUGCAUGUCUUGUUUCUAAUCUUAGGGGUAAAGUGGUCAUUCUUCACCAUGUUAUAAUUAAUUAAAGUAGUUUUUUUUUUUAAGAUUUAUAUAUUUAUGCAUACAAGAACUGGGGUGUAGGCUAGAGGUGCUGGGGUAAAAGGAUUCACCAGAGACAGAGUGGGAACAGAACAGGUGGAUCUACUGAAAUACACUACUGAGGGGAGCAGCAGGUGAGACAGAAGAGGUCUGUGCCAUGUGGAUUUCUCCCUGGUCGGCUGGGCAUGGACUUGAGCUGCAGUGGCUGGCUAUAGCUUGAUCACACUGUGUAUUUAACCCCUGCACCACCCAGGAGGCCUAAAGUAGUUGGGUUUUUUAAAGCUGCUUUUUAUAUGCUUGUAGAAGUUUCCUAGUCUGCUCAAAGUUUUUUAAUUCAUUGAUUUGAUAGUCCU